AUGAAGAAUAUUUUUUUCUUUUUUUUAGGAUUUUUUUUAGUUCUCCCUUUUUCAUUUUUUGCUUUUCUUUUACUUCUCAUAUUUCAACGAGCAUCCUUUCUUUCAUUAUCAGUUAUAUUUCUAAUUUCUUUCACAUCUUUUUCUAUUACUGAUUCUUCAUUUUCUAAUUUUUCUUUUAUCAUUUCUUGUUUUACAUAUUUCUUUCCUUCUUUCUUACUGGUUUUUCUUUUUUUUUUACUGUUUCAUCAUUCUUUCUUUUUUACUUUUUCUAUCAAUUUCUUCUUCCAAGCAGUUCGUUUCAGUUCUUUUCUCAUAAGUUAUUACUUCAUUUAUUGCGACUUAUUCUUAUCAUCAUUGCAUCUUUCUUUUUUUCGUUUUUUCUUCUAUUUCUUUCUUUUUUCCUUUUCUUCUAUUUCUUUCUUUUUUCCUUUUUUUUCUUCUAUUUCUUUCUAUAUUUUUUUUGUUUUUCUUUGUUUUCUUUUUUAUUCUUCUUUUGAAUUUUCUGUUUGUAUUCGUCGCUACUUUUCUUUCUUUCUUUGCUUUUUUUCUUUCUUUAUAUUUUGUCUUUCUUCAUUCAUUCAUUUCUUUCUUUCUUUCUUUCUUUCUUCAUUCCUUUCACUCUUUCUUUCUUUUUUCAUUCCUUUCAUUCUAUCUUUCUUUUUUUCUUUCAUUCUUUCUUUCUUUUUUCGUUCCUUUCAUUCUAUCUUUCUUUUUUCCUUUCAUUCUUUCUUUCAUUCUUUCUUUCUUUCUUUUUUCAAUCAUUCAUUCCUUUGUUUGUUGUCGUUAUCUUUCUUUUUUAUUUCUAUCUCUGAAAAACUGACAUUUGCUUCGUUUUCUUCAUCUUUCUUCCUUUCUUUCUUUUCUUUUCUCUUUAUUUUUUCUUCUUUUUCUUUCUUUCAUUCUUUCUUUCUUCUCGGCUUUUUUCAUAACCUCCCCUUUGUUUUCACCGCGUAUAUUUGUUUGUUUCUUUGCAUCUUUCGUUUUUUAAAAGUCUCUAAUUUUACUUCAUUUCCGACGUCAUCUUUGUUUGUUUCUUUCUUUCUACGCUCUUUCAAACUUUCGUUCUUCCGCUUUUUGCAUCUCGCCCUUCCUUUGCCUUCCUCAUUUCUCUUUUUAACAUAUCCAUUCGUCUUUCUUCAUCUUUCCUCUCUCUCUUCUUUUUUCUGCUUUUCGAUUUUCUUUCUUUUAUUUCUCACCUUCUCUUUCGAUUUGUUCCCCUUUCGUCCUCUCUUUUCUUCCGUUUACUCUCUUUUCCUUCCCCGAGAAACAAAUCUGGUUUAUUUCAUUCUACACUAA